UGGUUAUCGAAACAAGAUUGCUUCUGUCAUAAGACGAUAAAAUAUUUUCUCUUAAAAUAAAAUAAAAAUCAUUCUAUUGCCGAUCAUAUAUAAACUCCAGAACUUGAUUAUUGAAAGCCACGAAGAGUAAGAAAUGAAACAAGCAUCGAGUAAUAUACAGGGCUUCCUCCCCCUUGAUAUUGCCCUGAAAAUCGCUUCAACUCUUGAGGUAUUGGAUGUGUGCGCAUUGGGUAGUUGCUCCCGAUUUUGGAGGGAGCUAUGCGGGUCGGAUUGCGUGUGGGAGUUUCUUACCAGAGAGAGAUGGCCUUUACUCACUUUUCCCAACAAUUCUUCUUCUUCGGAUCCUGUCAUCAAGGGAUGGCGGGAGAUUUACAUAAAGAUGCAUAGAGAGAUGGCGGGUAAAGCUACCACUGUGGUUGAGUUCGUGGAGAAUUGUUCUUCGUCUGAGUUGCUCGAGGUUGGGGAUUAUUAUAAAGCAAUUGAAGACUUAUGCUCUAUGCAGCUUUCAUUUAGAGAUGUUCAAAUGUUUCUUUUCAAACCAAAGCUGAAUGUGCUACUUAACUUGGUUGGCUUGCACUACUGCAUUUUCUGCCUUCAAGUACCGGCUGGGCAUGUCAUGGAUGCGCUCCUGAGUUGCAAAAUUUCAGAGCGACAAGUGUGUGUAAAAUGGUGGAAGCUUGGUAGAUGGAUUUAUGGCUUCCGCAUGAGAGAUGAAUCUCAUUCUCGUAUGGUAACUUUGGCAGAUCUUCUAACAAACAAAGGGGGGUUGGUUUUGGGUGUCCUUCGCCGUGGUGCCAUUCAUGAGGUUUUACGUGUUGAGAUCUGCAUUCCAAAUGUGGCGUCUACUCCAUGGUCUUGGCGGAGUUCACAGCAACAAAAUUAGGGAUACUGCAAUGAUGAACUUAUGUAUAUAUCCUAGCCAUCAUGCAUUUAGAUUCUGUUGCUAAUUCCGCAUGAAAUCUCUGAACUUAUAAAAUAAUGUAAAGAAAUGGCUGCGCAAUGCAGCCAGGAUUAUACCAUGUUCAUAAGUUACUAGUGUCCUGAGUGAUUGGUGAUAUUUAUGUGAGUUAACAUGUUUGUUUUCUUCUGGCAUGUCCUCUAAGAACUGAAGCUGAAUCCUUGUGAUAUAACUGGUCAGUGAUUGUAUACAUUUAUGUAUUUUGACA